CGAAAAAUUUCUAAUGGCUGCAGUUUUCGUGAACGCACGUAGUUUUUUUAACAAUUUUUAAUUUUUUAUUUCUAGUGGUGACUAAAAGUUAUCUAUUACGUAACAAUUUUAAAUUUUAGGCAUAAUAAUUAGUUACGUGGAGAGUUUUCCUCGGUACUUUUCAAUGAAUAUUUCAAUUUUUUGAUCGAAAUUGGUUGGAAUAUUCUUUUGAUUGUAACCGUGUGGAAACAGAACAUCAGUUAUUAAUUAAAAAAAUGAGCCAACACCAGAAUGGAUUUACAACCGACAGUGAAAAACAGGAAUGUCCUUUUUCAAAAAAAGAACAUCCCAUAGAAAACGGCAGCAACGAUAACGAAAUUAAUAGAUUUCAUAUUUUGGACGAGACCGAAGGCAAUGAUGACUCCGAUAAUUCAGUUGAUGAUUUCGAUUCGGAUGUGCCUGACGACGAAAUUGAUCGUAUGCUAGAAGAGGCGCUCGACAGAAAGAAACGAAAAGCAUCAGAAGCUGGAUUGGAUAAUGAUGAUGAGGUGCCUUUCGAGGAGAAAAACAAAAUCCUUCUGAUAGAAAAAGGUCAGAACCAUUUCGACGUCCUACCAGAAGGCUGGAUCCAAGUGACUCAUAACAGCGGAAUGCCCGUCUAUUUACACAAAAUCUCUAGGGUAUGUUCUCUUUCUAGACCUUAUUUUCUAGGUCCCGGUUCGGCCAGGAAACACCACAUUCCGGUCAACGCCAUACCGUGUCUGAAUUACCGAAGAGCUCUAGAAAGGGAAGAAGAACAACAACAAACCGUCACAGUAGAGAGAACGAAUUGCGAUCAAAAUUUCCCCAAUGCCAAAAUCGAGACGGUGCAAGAGAAUAUCGAAAUGCAGAACCUUUCAUCGGAACAGAUUAGGGAAUAUUGCGAAAAAUUGUUCAAGUUUCAGACGAUGAAAGUGUUGAGGUUCAAAUCGUGGUCGGAGAGAAGGAAGUUUACCAAAAAGUUGAAGCAUACGAAGCAAUUGCAACGGCCUACGUUACCUGAUGGUACCAAACUCAUAACCUUCCCCAUCAGGAACGAAAACGCGGAAAGCAAUACCAACUCGUCGAAAAAGGAAUGGAUAAUGAACCCGAACGGCAAAUCGUACGUGUGCAUUUUACACGAAUACGUUCAACACGCCUUGAAGAAACAACCGACUUACCAGUUUAUGGAAUUAGAAAACGCAGCUACCCCUUAUGCAGCUACUGUUAUGAUUAAGGAAAUGCGCUACGGCGUCGGGUACGGUACCAGUAAAAAGCAAGCGAAAUCGGAAGCGGCCAGAGCCACUCUAGAAAUUUUAAUUCCCGAAAUGAAAUCGAAAAUAGCACCAGACGUUCAAACAGGCGAUUCGACAAAGAAAGACAAAGACCAAGAUCUGUCGUUCUUCGACGAAAUUCGCGUGGAAGAUCCGAGGGUAGCCGAAUUUUGCGCGAAAACGACCGAACCGUCGCCGUACGAUAUUCUACUCACCUGUUUGCAACGUAACUUCGGUUUGGACGAUCUUCAUAUCAGCUAUCAGGGGAAUACUUCAAAAUCGCAGGGGAACGAGUUCACCAUGACUGUAGGUAAGCACACGGCAACGGUGGCUUGCAAAAACAAGCGAGACGGCAAGCAACGCGCCUCCCAAGCCAUUCUGCAAGCGCUACACCCGAGCAUCACCUCCUGGGGUUCGCUCUUGCGACUAUACGGCAACAGAUCGGUCAAGAGUUUCAAGGAAAAGAAAAUGGAGGAACAGGAAAUCACUUCGUUGCAAAGUAAAGCGGCCGUAAAUCAACCGAAUCACGCCAUUUUGAAUAAAUUAAAAAUAGAAUUGAGCAAAUUGAGGGAAAAACGGAAAGCGAUCAAACCGAUAGGAAUUUUAGAUACCGAAGGCGCGGGCGGGGUGACCACUCUGUCGACAUCGAAUCUGAAAAAUUUAGAUUUAUGAUACAAAUAGGUUUAGGUUUUUAUGUCGAAUUUGUUUGUUCGAUUCUUUACGUACUGUAGCGAAGACGAUUUGGAAAGUUUCCUCCAUUUUCGUCGGAUUUUUAGAAAGAAAAUAUGUCUGAAGCGUGAUUAAUGAACUUUGCCAAAUAAAAGUAUACUUUUUUGAAGGUUUCGAAUAAAAAGGGUCCAACAGAUAUAUUUAGAAAUAAAGGGAGGUUUUUUUUUAAGUUAUAUUGUAAAAAAGAGACACCGAAACCACUCAAAAAGUGUUAACUAAAAAAAUUUAUAUAUUUAUGCAAAUCUGGUUAAGUUUGUAGUAACAAUGUGUAACAUUAAAAUAACCGUUUGAUAUUGGCAACUACCCUUUUUAUUCAAACAUUUUUGAUCGUGCUAUAAGCUAUUUCACCGAUUAUGGCGUGUACAUCAUGACCAGUAGCGGCGCUAGAUUUACAAGUUUCCAUCAACAUAAAAUUAUAUAAUUAUCGAAAUUGUCUUUUUAUGGAAGAAAACAAAUUUAAGUGAGUUUGGACUCGAGAAAUUUGGUUUUUGGCGAUUUUUUUAUCUAUAUAUAUAUAAAAUUGUUUGUCCUGACUGUCUGACUGACUGACUGACUGACCUAUCAACCUACAGCCAAAACUACUGAGCCUAGAAAGCUGAAAUUUAGAACAUAGGUUUAUUUUAUAACGUAAGCAUCCGCUAAGAAAGGAUUUUUGAAAAUUUUAACUUUAAAGGGGGGAAAUUGGAGGAAAUGGGGGGAAGGAGCUUUUAAUGAAACUCUUUGUUCUUUAAAGUUAGAAACAUGAAAAUUUAAAUUACAGCUACUAAGCAUAAAUAAAUAAUGACGUGUUUUAGGUUUUUUCGAUUUUUACAUUUUAAGGGGGGGGAAACGGGGGGUGAAAGUUUGUAUGGGACUAUUGAUUUUUUUUUGUUCUCUUUGAAGUUAGAAACAUGAAAAUUGGAAUUGCAGCUAAUGAAUACAAAUUAAUAAUGACGUGUUUUAGGGUUUUUGGAUUUUCACAUUUUAAGGGGGGCAAAUGGGGGUGAAAGUUUAUUUGGAGAUAUCGAUUUUUUUAAAGGUAGGAACUUGAAAAUUGGAAUUGUAGGUUCUCAUCAUAAAUAAAUAAUGAAGUGUUUCUGGAUUUUUGCAUUUUAACAUUUUAAGGGGAGAAAUGGGGGGUGAAAAUUUGUUUAAUAGUAUGUAUAUAUUUUUUUGUUAUUUAAAGUUUGAAACAUAAAAGUUUAAAUUACAGCUACUGAUUAAAAAUCAAAAAUGAUGUGUUUCAUGGUUUUUGGAUUUUCACAUUUUAAGGAGGGAAAACGGGGGUAAAAUUUUAUAGAAGUAUACAUUUUUUGAACGUUGGAACUUGAAAAUUAUAAUUGUAGCAUAAAUAAAUAAUGACGUGCUCUGUGGUUAGAUUUUUGUAUGGUAGUCAUAAAAAUAAACUAAAAUUAAAAUAUAAUUAUU